AUCUGUGUGACGGUGGUCGGCGAUGCAUGUGCAGCGAUAGUGCAUUCAAGUUUUGUUGUAUUUUGUGGUUUUUCUUUCAUAUUUCUAAAGUAUAGUUGUAAAAUGUGCACAGAAAAUAAUAUUUAGUUCAUUUUACAGAGAAUAACCCAUGUCUUUCUGUUCGUUUCGUUAGUGUAACCGAUAAAGUGAUAAAGCGAAAAUGACGGAAACGUCAUCGAAGAGCGAACUAAAGAAACUCUCAGAGGAGAGUUUAACGCGGCAGCCCGAGGAGGUCUUCGACAUCAUCUGCAAACUCGGAGAAGGCUCCUAUGGCAGCGUAUACAAGGCACUCCACAAAGAGAGCGGGCAGGUGCUGGCCAUCAAGCAGGUGCCGGUGGACACGGACCUGCAGGAGAUUAUCAAGGAGAUCUCCAUCAUGCAGCAGUGCGACAGCCCCUACGUCGUCAAGUACUACGGCAGCUACUUCAAGAACACAGACCUGUGGAUCGUAAUGGAAUACUGCGGCGCCGGUUCAGUCUCAGACAUCAUGAGGCUACGGAAGAAGACGCUCUCGGAAGACGAGAUAGCAACGAUAUUGUGCGACACACUCAAGGGUUUGGAGUACCUGCACCGGCGGAGAAAGAUCCACCGGGACAUCAAGGCUGGAAAUAUCCUGCUCAACACUGAGGGACACGCCAAGCUGGCGGACUUCGGCGUCGCGGGACAGUUGACUGACACAAUGGCAAAACGCAACACAGUAAUAGGCACUCCCUUCUGGAUGGCGCCCGAGGUGAUCCAGGAGAUCGGCUACGACUGCGUGGCCGACAUCUGGUCGCUGGGCAUCACGGCGCUGGAGAUGGCGGAAGGCAAGCCGCCCUACGGCGACAUACACCCCAUGCGCGCCAUAUUCAUGAUACCGACGAAGCCGCCGCCUUCGUUCAGAGAACCAGACCAGUGGUCGCCAGAGUUCAUAGACUUCGUCAGCCAGUGCCUUAUAAAGAACCCAGAAGAGAGAGCGACUGCAGAAUUUUUAUUAAACCACGAGUUUAUCGGCAACGCGAAGCAGGCGUCGAUAUUGAGCGCCAUGAUCGCGGAGGCGCGCGAGUUACGCGAGCAGCAGGCCACGCGAGCGCACGGCGCACGCCUGCCCGCGCCGGGCGAGGGUUACGACGAGGAGACUAUGAAGAAGCGCGACGACGGCACGCUGGUGCCGCAACGCGACGGGACCGCCGAGCUGGCCGCCGACCUCGGCACCAUGGUCAUCAACGAGCCCGACGCCGACCUCGCCACCAUGAAGCGGCACGACACGGACCCGAUGGACACGAACCGGCCGAAGUACCGGCCGCUGUUCCUGGAGCACUUCGACAAGAAGGAGGUCAACCACCUCUCCGCCGCCAACGGCGCCGCGCCGCGCCGCCCGCCGCAGGGCGACGGCGUGGAGGCGGCGUUGGAGAGCGUGAUGGGGGUGAGCGAGCUGGCGAGUCAGCGCGCGUGCGUGGAGGAAGGAAACUUCGAAUUCGUAAGUCAGCUGCACGUCGUCGCGCUGCUGCCGCUCGCCGCGCGCCCUGGCGUUCCUGUCGGUUGUGGAGCUGGAAGCGCGCGUGUCGCGGCUGGACGCGGAAAUGGAAGCGGAGAUCGAACAGCUGCGCGCGCGCUACACGCGCAAGCGGCAGCCCAUCCUCGACGCCAUCCACCUCAAGCGCAAGCGACAGCAGAACUUCUAGCGCACGCCCGUUAGACGGUACUGUGCUUAAACCACCCUGUAUCUACGUGCUUGGAUCUACUAUGCUAAAACAACCUGUAUGUCACGUGCGUUUACGGCGUUGGAUCUGUCAGUUGACUUCAGGGUUCGAAAGGAUAAUUAUCUACAC